GUAAAUCAGAAUGCAUCUUUUUUGUGAAAACGAGGACUUGAGUUGAUGGAAUAUAAAUUCUGUCCUAUUUUACUUCUCUCUUCUUCAUUCAUCGUUUUUCAUAAUGAAGUUCUCUCGUAUUCUUCUUGCCCUUGUCCCUAUCUUUGCAGUGACUACUGCUGCUCCCGUUGUUAUCGCUGACAGUCCAUCAAGUCCAUUCUAUGUUACUGAGCCUAGUCAAGAAACGACCUUUGUGAAAGGCGAAGUCAUUCGUCUUUCUUGGAGUAAUGGAAAACCUGGUACCCUAAGUAUCAAUGUACUUGAAGGUGAUGACCCAAAUAGUAUGCAGCCUACGCAAUGGGCUGCUAGCCUUCAAAGUGUUUCUGGUGAUUCGGUUUAUUCAUUCCCUGUAAUAUAUAUUCUUUAUCCAUAAUACUGUUUUCUAACUUAUUUUUGACAUAUAUAGGCAACUGCGUUUUUUGAGGAAAGUAAGA